ACGGCGAUACGCCGAACAUUCCUUACCCGCUUUCCUCUGUCAACCCCUCUUCUUCGAUGGUCUCCUUCACAUCGGCCAACAUGCCUGUAAAUGAGACCAUCGAAGCGCUUUGGGCGAUGAAUUUCUGGGGCCCUGUUACUGCUACACUUGACUGGUGUGAAGCGAACUACCAGUUCUCGAAGUAUAUCGCAGAGACUGCCAACACCUGGUCUAACAUAGUUACGGUUGGAUUGGCAUUAUAUGGGGCUCGACAGGUUCAGGAGGCCAAAUUGCCUCUUCGCUAUGUGGCGGGUUACACGGGGUUUGCGCUCAUCGGGCUUGGCAGUAUGAUAUUUCAUGCUACUUUACUGUAUAGUGCACAACUUGCCGACGAGUUACCAAUGAUCUAUGUCGCGACAUAUUGCUCCGCAAUACUCUUCGACACGGAACCCGGCUGGGGUGCGGACAAUGUGCGAACCUUAUUCUUGGUAUCAGCAUACUUCUUGUUUAACAUUCUCUUCACAUGGAGCUAUUCGGUUUUCCGAAACCCCGUUUACCACCAGGUCUUCUUCGCCAUCGUCAUGUUCACCAAUGCGUUUCGCACUGCGUAUCUCCUCAAGUUUUCCGAAGUUGGCUCUCGGAUUCCUGAAGCAAAGAAGGUCUCGAUUGCUCGUGUAUUCAGCUCAGGAGCAGCCAUAUUCUUUUUUGGCUUCUUCGUCUGGAACCUGGACAACAUUUUCUGCAGUACAAUUACGCAUUGGAAACAUGCCAUUGGAUGGCCCGCUGCGUUUCUUUUGGAAGGUCAUUCGUGGUGGCAUGUAUUUACCGCCACUGGAACUUACUUGAUGAUUGUGGGAAAUACUUGUAAGUCACGUCGAAACUGGCUUGUCUUGUCAUACGCUUACUUCUGUCUAGAUCUCACCCUGUGUAUCAAGGACGAUCACUCCAAGUAUGCGCUUGAGUAUCGCCUUGGUCUUCCCAAACUUGUACGACCCAAAGCCAAGAGCUCAUAGCGUCCUCAAGUCUUCUUGCAACGAUGACACGACGAUAAUCAUUUAUGCACCUUUACGCUCCCAAGUUCGCAUCAAUGUAGAUCCACUAGAUCAGGUUGUAGUCCUAGAAAUAUCAUCAAAGUUUUAACACCCUCGCACAUGAUAUUUUUUACUUGCAGCGCAGGCUUUAGAGUGCAUUACUACUCCCCAAGGUACUCCCACAAGCAAGUCGCGCCACACAAACGGUGAAUUCAAAUAGAGCAGAAUUCCGUUU